AUGGUCGAUCUAGGAACAAAGUCUCUUUUGGAGUAUGAUAUUCCUGAUACCACAACCGGACUCCUCUUCAGCAUUUUCAGACCACCUGUUACUGCUCAGAACUUUGAAUUGAAACCACAUUUCAUUCAAUUCAUCUCAAAUGAUUCGUUUGUAGGCACACCUCAUGAGUGCUCUGUCAGUCAUAUUGAUAGUUUCUUAGAAAAGUGCGAUACUACGAAACUAAAUGGCGUUACAGAUGAUGCUAUUAGACUUCGCCUUUUCCCUUUCUCAUUACGGGAUAGAGUGAAGGAAUGGUUGAGAGAUGAAGGCAGUCAGAUGAUGAGUCCUUAUAUGAAGCAUGGAGGAGGUUCAAGCGAUUGCAAAGACAAUGCCCUCACCAUGGCAUUGACAAGCAAGUUUGACAAGUUCCAAGCAACAUCUUCUGGCUCAUCUGCUAAAACUUGUCAAAUGUGUAAUGUACAAGGUCACAUUGCCCCUGGUUGCCCACAAAAUUCACAUGAGAUGUCGAUUGAGGAAGCCAAUGCAUUCUACACUUCAAAUCCCAAAAGGCCAUAUGAUCCUCACUCAAACACAUACAAUGAAGGUUGGAAACAUCAUCCAAAUUUCUCUUACAAGAAUACCCAAGCUCAACAAAAUCCACCUCCACCACCACCUUGA